GCAGUGUCCCGGGUCACUGUUUGUCCAAAGAUCUGGAGGUUGGGGAGUCAUACCUGGCGUAUCUCCUACACAGGGACGGCCGCUUUCAUCAGAGCUAUACUGCAGACCCGGGCAGUGAGGAGUACGUGGAUGAGAUUGUGGACUUGUGUGACACCAAGAUUAGCUACCCUAUAG